UCGUGAGUCGAUGUCCAUGCCCAAUAGGGCAACACCAACAGCACAAGUUCUUGUCUUCUCAUCUGCAUGGCCAGCAUGGACAAACGGUAUAGGGUCGAGAAGAGCGACAACGAAGGUAUGGGAGGUUGUCGCCACAGUUCCCAACAUCCACCGCAGUAUCAAGGCGAGCACUCCGUUUUGCCAUCGUCCCACUUGUUGAUCCUGAGUCAAGACGCUGACAGGUUCGGUGUCCCUCCUCCCUUCCCUACGGCUGUCGGGCAACUGCUGGUGUGGAGGAAUGAUCCGCUCGGCCUUCGAGAUGUGCGAUCGGGUUAUGUGCCUUUCUACUAUGAAUCUGCACAUGGGGGCGGAUCUGGGCGAGGCAGUUCAAUUGUCGUUGUGUAUUCACAAUCAUCCAGUGUGGACAUGGCCGUGCACGGGGCCGGCAUGGCCCGUGCAGGCAGUUUCACAGCGACGCUGUGCGGGGAGUAUGAGGAGUCAUUCUCCGAGGGGCAAUGUCGACGGAUGUCAGUGGAGGACAUGUCACGAAGGGUGGCAUCCAACCGACAAUGUAACGGGGGUGUGUACAACCAUGGGGAAAACGACUUCGGAUGCGAGGCACAAACUGGUCGUGGGCAGAGGACAUUGCCACAUGGAGGAACGCCGCUGCAUGGGGGGUUACUUGCCACAUCACGGGUGAACGCGAACAGUGGCAGUGGUGUCCGUCAGGGGCAGGAAUGCUCUCAUGCAGCCCCCCAACAGAUAAUAGUGAAGGAGGUGGAGGUGGAAGAAGGUGUGAAGGUGGUUGGGAAUGGUGAAUGGGCGAAGGAGGUGGAAGUGGAAGAAGGUGUGAAGGUGCUUGGCUAUGGUGGAUGGGUGAAGGAGGUGGAGGAGGAAGAAGGUGUGAACGUGCUUGGCUAUGGUGGAUGGGCGAAGGAGGUGGAGGUGGAAGAAUGUGUGAAGGUGCUUGGCUAUGUUGGAUGGGUAAAGGAGGUGGAGGUGGAAGGUGUGAAAGUGCUUGGCUAUGGUGGACGGUGGACAACGGUACUCAACGGGAUGCGUUAUGUCCCCGUAGCAGGCGCCGAGCCAACGACAGUACAACAGGAGAGACAAAACCUGGCAGACAUUCUACUCAAUACAAUGCGUGCCGUCAUCUGGAACAGCACCAUGGGGGAACUUCAUUCCAGAUCUACACAGCAAAUACAAAACGAACUCACCCAUAACGUGAAGACGCUUGCAGCAGCCGUUAAGGUCGUGGAUUCGCAGCUGAAACAGAUGGACGCCCGCAUUGCUACUCUGGAGGCAAGGCCUUCCCAAGCGGCGCCAGGCUGCACGACAGACACGACGAAGCAGCUCAACGGGCGCAUCGACCAUGUCGUCAAUCUCAUUGGCGACCUAGGUGCUUUCACUGGUACGGACACGAUCAGCAGCACGGUGGCCGCCAUCAAGACGGACAUCGCCAAGCUGCAGACAAGACCGGACGCCGCUACAAAGAACUACAAGAUGCCGCACUUCCACAUCAGCAAGUUCGACGACUACAACAAGACAGACGCCUUGACAUGGUGGCAAGGCUUCCUCAUGGAAGCAUCCUGCCGCACUGUCCCGACUGAAGACAUGUUGAAGGCGCUCUACCUACAACUGAUUCGAGGAGCACAGGCAUGGUUGAACCACCUUGCGGCCACCAAGCAAUGCACCAUCGCCGAACUCCACACGCACAUUGCGUGGAAGGAGUUCGAGCAACUAUGGUUCACUCGAUUCAUGGUCCGCAACGUCGUGAAGGCGGCCAUGAACGAGGUGUACACCAUCUCACAAGGAAGCAUGCCAACUCGAGACUGGACAAUCAAGUGGCAAAAGAUAGUGACCACGCCAGGCUUUGAUUUUGAGUUUUCCUAACCAACGAUCCGAGGUUUUUUCGUGAUCGUGCGCAGGACUGUGGUCAGCACUCGGCAACAAGUACGAUUAUACCUCAUU